GUUGGAAGAUGUAAAUGAUGAUUAUGUCGAGUAUGAACAUGCAAAUGAAAGUGCAAAUAUUGGUAAUGAAUAUAAAGGUAAUGUUGCUUAUGAUAGCAAGUGGUCCGGAUGUAGUUUUGAAGGGCCCUCUAAGGGCAAGGAAAAGGUGAUUCAGUCUGUGGUUCAUAAUACUAGACAACAUUUUGAACUGUCUAAAAAUGUUAGCAGUAAUGAAAAG